UAAGAGUUAAAAAAAGAAAGGCUUAGGAGCUACUUAGUGUAUUUCUCUCAAGAGAGAGAGAAAGAAGUAACUCUGUCUUCCAGCCCAAGGAGCUGUCUGUCGCCGAGCACCGAGGACACCCCCAGACGUGCACGGCCCUUUGCCCGGCCUUACGGCCCCGAGGCUUCCCGGGUGCUAUCAGGCACCCCCACGCGGCCUGGCCUUAUCAGCGACGGGCCUCCCAGGAUUCCACCAAGCCUUGCUUGGCCCGGCAGCCUGCACCUCACUGCCCUCCCCUCACUUAGGGGGAGCCUGCAUCUCCUGGGGCGCCCGUGCCUGCGCCGUGCAGCCCGAGGGUGGCCCGGCCACCAUGAAGGUCCUUCUACUGAAAGACCCCAAGGAGGACGACGGCGGCCAGGACCCCUACGUCCGGGACCUGGGACAGCUCGGGCUGGAAGCCACUUCGAUCCCAGUUCUGUCAUUUGAGUUCCUGUCUCUGCCCGAGCUCUCAGAGAAGCUGUCUCAUCCUGAGGACUACGGGGGCCUCAUCUUCACCAGCCCCAGGGCCGUGGAGGCGGUGGGACUGUGCUUGGAGAGAGACAGUAAGACCGCAGCCUGGAAAGAGUCUCUGAGAGAGAAAUGGGGUGCCAAGCCGGUGUACGUGGUGGGGAAGGCGACCGCGUCCCUGGGACCAGCCCCUCUCCCCCGCGGGGCGUUCCCUGGGCCGGUGGGGACCAGCCUCUCUCCCCCGCAGGGCGUCCCAGCCAGCAUCGCGUUCUUCAGCCCCUCUGGCCUCAUGCACAGCCUCAAGUACAUUCGGGAGCUUUCUGGCGACAGCAUCGACCAGAUUAAGUUUGCCGCCAUCGGCCCCACCACCGCCCAGGCCCUGGCCGCCCAGGGCCUGCCCGUGAGCUGCACCGCAGAGAGCCCCACGCCAGGCGCCCUGGCCGCCUGCAUCCGGAGGGUGCUUCAGCCCCCCGGCCACCGCUGAGUCCACCCCCAGCGCCUCCCUGGGGCUGCCCCGUGGCCGGCCUACACCUGGGCGAGGGGCCCGCGCCGCUUCGGGGAGCCGGACCCUGGGUGCGGCGCGAAUCCAGCGGCCCAGACUCCGCCUCUGCCGCCUGGAGCCGUCCCGACGCUGGUCCUCGGACCCGAGGCCGCAGCCGCCCUCCCUGGAGACCCCCGGCGCCUUGCGUGGGGGCGCCCCAGGUCUGAGGCCUCGGCGUGGAGGAAGCUAAAUACACCACCCGGGAAGUGGG